UGGCUCCUCCCAUUACAUUGUUAUUAUUCAAUAUUCCCAGCAUCCUGGUGAUAUACCAGCACUGGUAUACCUUCCCUGGCGCCACACACUCCACUGGAGAGAAACCCAGAGUGUAAAGAGUCAUAGUUUGAGUGUAAGAUGAGUGAGAGGUGAGAGUGGGUGGAGCCAGAGGCGGGGCAUCACACGUGUUUACACUGACAUCUGAACACACUCAACACACCUCACUCACUCAACACACUCAUCUAGACACCUGAGACUCGUCCAAACACCCGAGACUCGCUGAAACACCUGACACACUCUUCCCAAACACUUGACUCACUCGCACACACUUAUUCAGUAAGGCUAGUCGAGGCACUCUCCAUGACACUUCCAUACACACUCUACUCACUAAGUACCUUCCUUACAUACUUGGUGGUACACUCAGGAGCUACAACACAGUACAAUGGUACACUGGAACUGGUACACCUGAGAGGAAAAGCUAGACACUAUGCUCUUGGCAAGUGGUUGCGCAAUAGAUACAGAGGGUUUGUCAAUGAGAAGUGGAUAGCACAGGAGGUUUAUGUUCGCAGUACAGAUGUAGACCGCACUCUCAUGUCAGCUGCAGUCAACCUGGCUGCAUUUUAUAAGCUGAAUGAUCCAAAGGAUUUUUUUGAGAAAGACUUGCCAUGGUCACCAGCACCCAUUCACACUGCCCCUUUAUCAACUGAUCAUCUGUUGGAUGUGGAUGAAAGCUGUCCAAGAAUCACUGAGGAACUUGAUAAACAGAAUGAUCUGCCAGCAGUGAAAAAAGUGAUUGAUGCAAAUAAAGAUCUCUUCCAUUAUGUGAGUCAGAUGUCUGGAGACAAUAUUUCCACUAUUGUGUCUGCAGACUACCUCUAUGACACACUAUAUAUUGAGUCUCUCUACAACCUUACAUUACCCAACUGGACUCAUGGUGUUCUUCAUCACUUGAAGUUAGUCUCUGACUUUAGUUUCCAGAUUGUUGCCAUGUCAAAAGAAUUAAAACGUCUAAGAGCAAGUCCAAUAAUUAAAGAGAUUGGUGAGCACAUGCAACAAAAGGUACAAGGAAAGCUGCCUCAGCAGAAGAUGUAUGUGUACUCUGCCCACGACACCACCAUAGCAAUACUGCUGGUGGGACUUGGGGUGUUCAACAAUGUAGCCCCUCCUUAUGCAACAACUGUGAUAAUUGAGUUGCACAAGAUUGGUAAAGAACGAUUUGUUAAGAUGUUGCUGAGAAAUGACACAAAUAUAAUUGAGCCUCCACAUGAGCUGGUUUUGCCUGGCUGCACUGCCUUGUGCCCCCUGGAUGACUGGCUUGUUAUCACUGGUACCAUUAUACCCAAGGACUGGGAAAGUGAAUGCAAGAGUCUCAAGCAUGGAGCCUCUUUCACCAUGAGCCAAGCAAUGCUAACAGCACUGACAGCUGCAGUAACCUUGGUUAUUCUCCUCUUCAUUCUGGUCAUCUACAACUUUAAUGGAAGACAACGAUCCAAGUACUUUGCAUACCAAGCUGUCCCAAAAGACUUUUCUUAAUGUAGUGUUAAUGUUGUAAUAAAGUUGGUAGAAUUACCGACAAUAUGUAAAGUAAAAGGACACAAGUGCAACUAAUGUGACAUUUAUUGUGGCAAUGUUUCGCUCUCCAGGAGCUUUGUCAAGCCAUGGCCAUGGCUUAGUAAUGGCUUGAUAAAGCUCCUGGAGAGCGAAACGUUGCCACAAUAAAUGUCACAUUAGUUGCACUUGUGUCCUUUUACUUUACAUAGUGUUAAUGUUAUUUAUAUAAUAGUGUCAAUGCAUCUCAUGAGUUACAUUUUGCAUUGAAAAUAAGUAAUUCCUUUUAACCUCAGGAGGAACCAUGAUUGUGAAUUUUAGUCAUUGAUAAUAUAGGUUGUAGACUUUGAAGAUAACUUCAAUGCAUUGUUAGUUUAAGUAUAUUAUAGUGCCAGGUUUUAUAAAUUUUCCUCUAAACACUUUUAUUUUUGAUACUGUACUUAUGAAAUAAACUGUUGUCCACCAUCUGGAGACUAGAUCAAAAAUUAUAUGGUGGCCUAAUGAUUUAUUUUAGUAUGUAAAUUUUGUGCUUGCUAUAGACCAGCACAUGUGAAAAGUUGAUUAACACAAUCUGUGUUAACAUUAGUUAUUAUUAGACACACAUUAUAUAAGUACAUAUUGUAUAAAUCAGAUUUAAUAAAAUGGGGAAACAGUUUUAACUUGUUUCCUGUGUUUACAUAGAGAAUAUAAGAAUUGUAUUAGAUUAAAUCUCAGUAUAAAUGAAGUGUAUGGCAGAAUUGUGAUUGUCAGAAGAGGAUGUGCAGAUAGUGAUAGCAUUGAAACACGAGCAAGUAGUACUAAAUAAGGAAAAGGAAUUGUCUUAUUUAUAGGGUUGAGAAAUAUAUAGAAGAGGAAUGUUGUAAAUUAUGAAAUAGAUGGUAAGCUGUUAAAAUCUAAGUUUUUAUGAGUGGAGAGAGGAACAGGUGUUUAGGAAAAAAUGGGGAAGUUUUUCAAUGAAAGUGGGUUUUAGAGAAGGGUAUGCAUUGUCAUACUUGUUCAGUGUGUUUUAAAGAGGGUUGUUAGGGAGAAGUGUGAUCUUGAAAAUUAAUGUGAUAGUGGUUAUAGUCAGUUGUUUGUGAAUAAUAAUCAGGAAGAGAAUAUGCAGAGGAUAGUAGUUAUUUAGGUGUAGAAGUAGGAAUUUAAAGUGAAUUGCUAAAAACAGCCAAGAGUUGAAACCAGAAAUGUAGGAAACCAAGAGUAGAGUGAGGAUUGACAAAGUUAGUGGGUUGAGAAAUCUGAAAUAAAUUCUUUUGUUUGGAAACACUUGUAUGGUUUGAAGGAUGGUUUUUAAUGUUGCAGGAGGUUGGUAGCAGUGGAAAUGUCAUAUCUUCAGUCAGUUUGUGGUGUGAAUAUUAUGCAUAGUAUAGAAGGAAUGAAGAAAUUAGACUGGUGGUUUGGGUUUUAAUUCAAAGGCUGGAUGAGGGGUUGACAUAGUUUAAGAAUGUGUGGAUGGAAGGGGGGUGCAGAGUAUGGGACAUCAGAGGAAGAACUGGAAGGAGUAUGUACAGUAGAAGCCCCGUAUCCACUGAUUGGUAUCUGCGGUUUAUCCAUGGUUUACUGUGGCCCAAAAGUAUCUCUUAAUUUUGCAUAAUAAUAGCCCCAAAGUACAGAAGUAGAGAAGCUGGCAGUUCUUCAAAGCCUAAGUAAAGUAAUAAUUCUCCGCUUAUUGGGCAUAAUUUAACAAUUUAACUUUGAUAGGUAUGUAUAGGAUUUGUACAUAUGGUUUGCUAUUAUCCAUGGUUUCGGUAUCCGUGGCAGGUCCUUGGAACAUCUCUCUCGUGGAUACGGGGGCUCCUACUGUAUAUGGAGGAAAUAGAGGAACGGGUGGGGCUGAAACCCCUGGCAGGGCGACUCCAAAAAAAUGAGUGUUGAAUUUUUACAUUUAGUAAUUUAUACAGGAGGAGAACUACUAGCCCCUUGCUCCUGGCAUUUUAGCCACCUCGUACGACAUUCAUUUGUGGCUUAGAGGAAGGAUUCUUCUCUACUUCCCCAUAGAGAAUGUGUGCAUGCAUGCGCACGCUGUGACUACCCAUGCAACCACAACUAGGUGAGCGCACACACACACACACACACACACACACACACACACACA